AUGGCAGCCCACGCUAUCGUUGCGCAGAUAUCCUCGGUGGCGCUGAGGAUAUGCGCCAUCAUAUUCUUUCGAUUCUUUCCUGCUCAUUUCCCGUCCGUUGUCUUCGCCGCCUUCGCCAUCUAUGUCCCCGCAUUCUUGGCUACUUACCGCGCGGGCCCAGAAGUGGAAGUUGUCGAUGAUGAAGUUGACGUUGUGGUAAAAGAAACUCUCAUCACUCCCGAUGACGGAAAUGGUAAUGCUAUCGUUGCCGAUGAGCUCGAUCUGGAGGAAACGGUUACCCUGCGUGAGGAGCCCGCCUCCAUGUGGAAGAUUCUCGCCUAUGGCGCACCCAACCCCCGCGACAAGCUCGCCUCCAUCCUAACUUUUCUCAUUAACGGAGUUUUUGUUGCCCUGACGGCCGAUGCUUUGUUUCGCGCUCGCAUUCUCUACCCUGCUGACGAUCUCUCAUUCGUUCGACUGGGCUAUAUCUCUAGUGAUGAGGCCAAGCUGCUUCUCCGGGAGCCUGAUCAGGCCAAGAUGCCAGUCACUGUCGAGAUGCGCAUCGCUGAUCCUAUGCCUCCAUUUGAGGACCCCAUCUGGCGUUUGGCGGGCGGACUUCAGUUCACUACCAACGAUACGGAUUUCACUGGCAUUGUCAGCUUGCCCUUGAGCUCCAGACACCCUCGCUGGUACGAGUAUCGGACUUCCAACAACCACUCUGGACGCUUCAUCUCUGCUCCUCGACCUGGCCAGCUGUCCGACGAGACGGGUGGCAAAUUCACCUUUUUAUCUACGUCUUGCAUUUUGCCUCGUUUCCCUUACAACCCUCUCGACCACGCGUUGGCUGUUCCUGGUCUACGCCAUCUCGCCGACAAACUGCCUAGCCUCGGCGCUCAGUUUAUGCUGUUCCUUGGUGAUUUUAUCUACAUUGACGUGCCGAACCGAUUCGGCAAGUCCAUCGAUGAGUACCGCAUGCAGUACCGCCAGGUCUAUGCUUCUCCGGACUGGGCGCCUGUUGCCCAGAACCUGAGUUGGAUUCAUGUUCUUGAUGACCAUGAAAUCUCGAAUGACUGGGAUGCUAGCAACACCGGGGUAUACCAGGCAGCCGUCGAGCCCUGGGCCACCUACCAGGCCAAUGUGAACCCGCCCAAGGCUAUUCGCGCUGGCACUAACAGCGUUCGGCGUAAAGAUGCCACGUGGUACGCUUUUGCUCAAGGCCCUGCCAGCUUUUUCCUUAUGGAUACGCGCAGCUACCGCUCGCGCAACAAGGUGCCUUUCGAGGAUGAUGAGAAGACGAUGCUGGGCGCUGAGCAGCUGGAGGACUUCCUCGCUUGGCUGGCGCGCCCCGAACCCCGUGGCAUCAGGUGGAAGAUUGUGGCCUCGUCUGUUCCCUUCACCAAAAAUUGGCCCGUCAACGUCCGCGACACUUGGGGUGGCUUUCUUGUUGAGCGACGCAGAAUUCUCGAGGCCAUGUGGGACGCUGGUGCUCGCGGCAUGGGCGUCCUCAUCCUUUCUGGUGAUCGUCAUGAGUUUGCGGCUACCAAGUUCCCUCCGCCCGCAGAUUCAAAGUGGCCGGCUUCUGCCGCUGCACACGAGAUUUCUACUAGCCCUCUCAACCAAUUCGCAUCUCCAUUUCCGACGUACAGGCAGACUGAUGACGAAGAUGUCCAGCUGAAAUACAUUCCAUCUGGCUCUUCCAAAUUUGGCGCCUUUACCAUUGAAAAUAUCGAUGGCGAAAGCUCCCUUCAGUACCAACUCUACGUAAACGGCAAAGAGGCUUGGAACACCACUCUUGUCGCUGCCCAGCCCGUCAGCGGCUCUUCUGGCUCCAUUUGGGACUUUCUCAAGUUUUAA